AUGUCACAAUUGACCGUCGCAGCGAAGGCAAAUGGCUCCUUUCUGCUACCAACUCUUCUGGCUAUAAACUAUGUCAAACAAAGCCUCCCGGGCACCGUUAUCAACGUCGAGUUUGAAGAUGUCGAAUCCAUCGGAUCCCAAGGCGCAAAACUGGAGUUGAAGUCCGACGAUGGGAAAGCCAUAUACGAUGAUGAUGUCCUGCAGCAUCUAGAGAAUAUAUAUGCACCCUUGCAGGCCGGAGACAAGGGGAAGGUCGACGAGUGGGUGAAAAGGUCAACUGCCCUGCGGCCAUUGGAUUUCAAAUCGCUCGACCAACCGAUGAAAGAGCUGGAUUCUCAUCUCACUCUCCGUUCGUGCAUCGUUGGUUACUCUCUUACCUUGGCCGACCUAGCCGUGUGGGGAACUCUACGGGGAAACAGAAUUGCCAUAUCGGCCAUUCGAAAGGCAGCUACAAAUACAAGCCGUUGGUUUUCAUUUAUCGAAGCCUCGUAUCCGUGGGUAAACAUUGCUGUGGCUGAGUUAAGCGCCAGCGCUCAGAAGAGAAAGGCCGCUGCAAGCGCGGCCGGUGCAAGCUACAACAUCGGCCUGCAAAAUGUGGAGAAUGGAGUUGUUACUCGUUUCCCACCAGAGCCUUCGGGAUACCUGCAUAUCGGGCAUGCCAAAGCAGCACUUCUGAAUGAUUAUUUCGCCCAUGAGCAGAACAAGGGAACCUUGAUUUGCCGCUUCGACGACACCAAUCCUUCCAAGGAGAAUCAGGAAUUCGAGGACGCGAUCAAGCAUGAUUUAUCCCUGUUGGGCAUUUACCCGGACAAAACCUCCUUUUCAAGUGAUUAUUUCCAGGAAAUGUAUGAAUACUGCAUCCAAAUUAUCAAGGCUGGGAAAGCCUAUGCGGACGACACCGCGAAGGAGGUGAUGCAGGAGGAGCGGUUCAACGGCAUCGAGAGCAAGCGCCGCAAUGAAAGCAUUGAGGACAACUUGGCACGAUUUGCUGAAAUGAAAACAGGCUCAGAGGAGGGCCAGCGGUGGUGUAUUCGUGCAAAGAUCUCAAUUGACGACUUGAACAAGGCACUAAGGGACCCCGUCAUCUACCGCUGCAACUUGGAGCCCCACCACCGAACGGGCACUACAUGGAAAAUCUAUCCAACGUAUGAUUUCUGCGUGCCCAUCCUGGAUUCGCUAGAGGGCGUGACCCACGCACUGCGAACAACUGAGUAUGGUGACCGGAAUGCACAGUAUGUGUGGAUGCAGGAAGCCCUUGGCAUCCGGAAAGUUCACAUUUGGGACUUCUCCCGUGUCAACUUCAUUCGGGCUGUGUUGUCUAAGAGAAAGCUCACAAAAUUGGUCGAGGAGGGGGUUGUAUGGGGCUGGGAUGACCCGCGCAUGCCUACCAUUCGCGGAAUCAGACGACGUGGUAUGACAGUACCCGCCCUGCGCGAGUUCAUCCUGAAGCAAGGGCCCAGCCGGAACGUUGUUAACCUGGACUGGACUCUUUUCUGGGCGACUAACCGCAAGUAUAUCGACCCUGUGGCCCCGCGCCAUACCGCCAUUGACAAGCAGGACGUGGUGCGCGUUACCGUAAAGGGGAUCGAAGGUGUGCAGACUGCCGAUAAACCAAAGCACAUCAAGAACCCAGAACUAGGUUCCAAGAAGGUGAUCUACAGCCCUAAGAUUCUUCUGGAACAGGUGGACGCCGUCACAUUCCAGAAGGACGAGGAGAUUACGCUGAUGAACUGGGGCAACGCGUUUGUGCGCAAGAUCACCAGCGACCCAAUGUCUGGUGGUAGAAUCAGCAGCCUGGAACUUGAGUUGCAUCUGGCGGGGGAUGUCAAGAAGACGGAUAAGAAGGUCACAUGGUUGGCGGAGAAGGGGCAAAAACUUGUUCCCGUUGAACUUGUGGAUUUUGACUAUAUCAUUUCCAAGGAUAAAUUGGAGAAGGAUGAGGACAUCCAUGACUUCCUGACGCCUAAGACGGAGUUCCGGUCUGAGGCGUUUGCGGAUUGCAACGUUGCUGGCCUUGCGGAGGGGGAUAUUAUUCAGUUUGAGCGGAAGGGAUAUUAUAGAUUGGAUCGGCCGUAUAAAGAGGGGAAACCGGCUGUUUUCUUCAAUAUUCCCACGGGUAAAACUGGAUAG